UUGAAAAGCAAAAUCGAACAGUUACUAAUGAUUUAGCUCCACAAGGCCUGUCUCCAGAACAUUACCUAACAAGAGUUGCUCAAAUGGUAGUUAACACAAUUUUCAAUACAUCUAACCUUAAUGAAACUUGCUUCGGAAAAUCCAAAUUAUUGGAAGAUAAAGAAAUUGAUGUCUUUUUAGAUUCAGAAAAUAAGAAAAGGGUUAGUGAUGAGAUAAGGCAGAGAAAUAUGGAAAAAAAGCUAUUACAUAGUAAUGAAGCUUCUGCUUCUCGGGAUGCUUCAACGGGAUCUGAAAAGACAAUAACAUCUUUAUAUGAUACAAAAACCGUGACAAAAUGUCACGAUCUUAACAAUUCUGAUAUUACCUCCGAAAUACUUGAAUCAUACAAUCAAAUCGUAGAAGGUUUAAUACAAGAGAUGACCUAUGAUCAAGCAAAAAAUAUUGUUUCUUCCGAAAUCAAUCCUUUAUAUUUAAAUAAUGAUAAGUAUAUGGCUCCGGAUUCUGUGCAAAGUUUAUCUGACUUAUUUGAUAAAGCAAUUAAAUCUGGUCAAAAACAAAUUUUAAAUUGGUAUUAUUAUUCUCUAGAAUUCGAAAAUAACAUUAAAAGCCUUACAGCAGAUGGUCAGAUUAAAGAUAAAACAGCAAGAUCAAAAAUAUAUAAGGAAAUGAAACCUUUUCUACCUAAUAUCACAGAUGCAAAUUUGCGUAAGAAAACUGAAAGAGCGAGAAAAAUUCUUAAGCUAUUUGGUGAUAGAGGAGUAGGCAUAGAUAAAAUCGAAUACAUUACAUAUAGUGCAAGUACAAUUUCGGGAUUGAAAAAUACUCAAAUUCAGCAUAUCAUAAAUGAGGUGACUUCAAAAACUGUGACAAACUGUCACGAUCAGAUUAAUGUAGAAUUAAAUGUUUCAGUUACAUCAUCUCGUCAACCAAUUCCUAGAACUAAUCCAAAUAAGAUGGAAUGUCUUUAUCAAUAUGCCAUCGAACAUGGAAUGGAUCCCGAUAAAUUUUCAGUCAUUACUGAGGCUGAGAAAAAUAGGUGGGCCAUGGGAUGUUUUCGUGAGGACUUGGAGAGGGAUAUACGGUUCUAUCGCGGUGGAAUAAAAAGUAAAGAAGACCCUAGAAAAUAUCGUAAAUUUUUAACAGAUCGGGAGAGGCUGGUUGGUGAAGAGUUAUUACGUCGCAGUAUACUAAAAAGCGGUUUAAGUACUGCAUGGUUAGAUAAUCUGAUGAAAGAAUGGGAAGAAAUCUACACUCAAUUCAUACAAAUUUUUAGCCAGACAUAG